AUGACAUCUCUGCCUAAAUUCAAACCCUUAAUUCCCAAAUUGAAACCCCUCAAUUCCCAAAACCCAAGCCGUCCGCUCUCGGUGCAUCAUCUCCACACCACGAAGGAUACCGCCAUGAAAAAUCAGUGUGCUGCUGUUGUUGUUGGCAGGUGGGACGGCGGCGGAGUGUGCGGCACUCUCGACGGUGCCACAAGCCGACUAUAUUUGGCGCAUUAUUUUGAUGUUUGGAGCCAUCCCAGCUGCACUCUCUUUCUACUGGAUUAUGAAGAUAAGGCCCUUGUAGCCAAAAAUGCAAAAUUGUCAGUGCAAGACAUGGCCAAAGUGUUAAAUGCUGAAAUCGAAGCUGUAAAGGAGAAAUUAGAAAAAAUAACUGAGGCCAGCAAACUCAUUUGGCUUAUGGAUGAAUUGGAUGGAAAACCACUGGAGGAGGCAUCAGGUGAAAAUGAAUUGGAUGGUGAUGAGAUAACAGAGCAGACUGCUCCUUCCCAUAAGAUUGUUCCAGUUUAA